UCCGGAGGCCUGUCAUUUAAAGUGGGAGCCGUUCCACUUUUGCGUGCCUUGGCUCUCAUCUGCUCCUCAAGUGUGCCAGGUUCACCCCUACCCCAGGUGUAGACAGGAUCAAAGCAGAGGAGGUCGGUUACCCCGAGCUCUGAGGAGAUGCAACUGUGACCCAAAGACUGACUUGGAAGAAGCAGCUUCCCGACCCCCAGCUCUGCCCUCACACACCCCCGCCCCCCAGGAGAACGGAGAGGUGUACGCCCCCACAGCACCACUGUGGGACAUCACGUUCCCUGUUGAACCUGCCCGGUCAGCAUCAGACCCCAUCGUGCCCCCACCAUUCUCUCAUCUGCAUCCUUGCCGGCACCCAUUUUGCCAAGUCAGGUGCUGGGUUCCGAGCCCUGUCCUCCCCCCAGCACAGCCGCGGGCUGAGCCUCAGUCUCCUCGUCGGUAAAAUAGGCAUGAGUCAGCAAGAUGGCGCCUCUCAGCCUGGGAUAGACGCCUGGUAAGCACUGAGAGAUGAGCUGCCGUCAACAUCCCCUGGUCAUCAUCCUCAUUAUCAGCAUCACUAUUUGUCUUGUGCCCCAAGAGGAAAACUCACUCCUCUCUUCACAUCUUGUCUCUUUAUGGGGCACAAGUCCCAUAAAUAGCUCUCGGCACUGAGCUGGAAGUAUUUGCCCCAACAGGCCCCAAUUUUGUCCCCAUUGCUCCCAACCAGGUCAGGCUGGGGUCCUUGAACUCCUCAGUCCCGCCUGAGACCCAGCCUUUUCCUCAGAGAAAAGGACUAGGACUUCGAUGCGGUGGCACGCAGGGAAGUGGCUCUUCCACUCUUGUCCCCUUGUACCGGGAAAGAGGACACCUUGACUUUUUUUUUUUUUAAGAUUUAUUUAUUUAUUUAUUUGACAGAGACACAGCGAGAGAGGGAACACAAGCAGGGGGAGUGGGAGAGGGAGAAACAGACUCCCUGCCGAGCAGGGAGCCUGAUGCGGGGCUCGAUCCCAGGACCCUGGGAUCAUCACCUGAGCCGAAGGCAGACGCUUAACAACUGAGCCACCCAGGCGCCCGACAAUAUGAGUUUUAUUUUUAUUUUUAUUUAUUUAUUUUUUAAAGAUUUUAUUUAUUUAUUUGACAGAGACACAGCGAGAGCAGGAACACAAGCAGGGGGAGUGGGAGAGGGAGAAGCAGGCUUCCCACCGAGCAGGGAGCCCGAUGCGGGGCUCGAUCCCAGGACCCUGGGAUCAUGACCUGAGCCAAAGGCAGAUGCUUAACGACUGAGCCACCCAGGCGCUCCUUUUUUUUAUUUACUUUUUUUAAAUAACAUCUUUAUUGAGAUGUAAUCUGCACAUGGAACAAUCACCUACCAAAGUGCAAUUAAGUGGUCUUCAGUGUAUUCUCAGAGUUGCGCGGCUGUCACCACAGUCCAUUCUAGAACGUUUUCAUCACCCCAUCCCCACAAGCAGUCUUUCCCCAUGCCCCCCGCCCAGCCCCCCUGCAACCAUUAGUCUUCUUUCUGUCUCUGCAUUUGCCUGUCCUGGACAUUUCAUGUAAAUGAAAUCAUACACCGUGUGGCCUUUUGUAUGGGGCCUCUUCUGCUCUGCAUGAUUCUCUAGAUCCAUCACGUUGUAGCAUGUGUCCUUUUUAUGGCUGAGUAAUAUUCCAUCGUGUGCAUGGACCACCAUCUGUGGUGGCCAUUCGGUUAUUUCCACCUUCUGGACGCCUGAGCUGUCUCUUCCUCCAGCGUGCCAGGUGUAUUCCUACCCCAAGCCUUUGCCCUUGCUGUUCCCUCUUGUGCAAGCCUUUUCCACGUGGGGACUUGUGCGGUAACCAUGUCCCCAUGGACCGCGGGCUCCAGCGGGCAGGGACAGUGCUCAUCUUGUCUGCCCCGUCCCCAGCAUCUAGCAUGGUGCCCGCAGUUGGGGCUCAGCCAAUGUUUGUGGAGUGAAUGGAUUCAUGAACAGAACGAAAGCCUUGUAGGACGACAGGAUGGUUGAAAACACAUAAAGCUCAGCAUUGGCAGAGCCUGACUGCCCUACCCCUUUUACAGGGCUGAGAAGGCACUGUGGUCCCUACCACACGAGCCACCCCACGUGGGGCCAUGAAAGUCCUCCUUGCCAGCUGAGGCCCCCAGUGAAAAGCCCAGAGCUGACACCAGAGCAGGAGGGGCCCUGGAGUCCCAGCCCCCCUGCAUCCCCCUGCUGGUCCUUUUCGGGAAGUUCCUCUGGCGGCCACCUCUCUGCUCACAGUUUUGAGGACUGUGGUCACCGAGGGGUGGGGGAUGAUUCUGUUGUGACAUUCUCAGGGGAGGACUUCAGUUUGUGUAAGACCACAUCUCCCAAGCAGGUCAGGGUUAUCAGGGUGGAGCCCUCUGUGGUGGGGCCUCAGGGGGCCAGGCCGGAAGUGGCCUGAGACACCCCAUGUUUCUGGAGACUGCACUGCAUGCAAAUGAGACCAGGCUUUCUAAGGGAUCAGGGUCUCCUGGGCUGGUGCGAGCCCCUCCCCAACAGUGUUGCUCCUUAUCAUCGGGGCUGGUAGCUGACUCACUGGGCUAUGGAGGGCACGGAGGUGACGCAAGUGGCCCAAGGUGGCCCAGCCUGUGCAGUAUGGAGCCCCAGCUUCUGUCUCCCCAGCCAGGCACAAAGGCAUCAGAUUAAGUCACAGUGAAGAGUCCCGAUUUUACCCUUGACUGAGCCCCACACCGCAUGCUUGAAGGUUGUUCCUGUCGUCAUCACGUGAUUAAGGAGGGCUGUUAUGCCCACUUCUCAGUUAAGGAAACCGAGGCCCAGAGAGGUUGAGAGAGUCACCCAAGGCUACCCAGUGGGGUGAGUAAGAAGCCAGGUUCCACGUGUCUCCUGCUUGGGCCUUAUGGACCCGAAGACUCCAGACCAGGCCACCCCCACGGCCCUUGAGCCUACAGUGGGGGCUAUCUGGACUGGCUGGCCCCGGGUGAUAAGGCCCCGGAGGGGAGGCCCCCAGCUCGGCCACCAGGGUCUGGGCUAUUUCUGCCUAAAAGGGGAGAAGGAAGUGGUUUUGCCCCUGGGCUGAGGCGGGAGGUGCAGCCAGCACACAUCCGGGGCUGCCUGGUCCGUUAGACUUGUACAAGUGCCUACGGUGGGUAUCGGGCUCCCCAGAAUGUUCUGGGUUUUUUUUUAAAUCUGAAGAAAAAAAUGAAUACAAUAAUAAUGAAUAUAUAAUAAUCCAGCCCAGACUAUAACGGUCUAGAUGCCAACAGAAUCGUAAAAUAUGAUUUUAAGUGUGAUUUUUUUUUUUUGGUGUGUUUUGUUUUGUUACAGAGGAAGUCAUAAUGUGACUUCCAGCCCCAGCCUGUCCAGGCUUGACCCUGCCUCAGGGCCUUUGCCCGUGCUCUUCCCUCCACCUAUAGCCCUCUCUUUUUGCAACCCACAAUCAAGUUACCUCCUACCUGCCCCCAAGUGCCUCUUGCUCUGGAUCAGCUAAGCCCCCUCUGAGGGUUCUUGCAACUCCAGACCCUCCUUCCUGAUAGACUGUCUGCUUCGAAACAUUAAUCAUUUCUUACUCUUCAUUGCUUGCUAGAUUAUAGAUGCCGGGAGGGUGGGGCUUGCACCUCUUGGGGUCCCCUCUCUGUCCCCUAGGAUCUGGCACACAGUAGGUGCUCAAUAAAGGCUUGUCAUGGGUGAAGCAAGGGUGUCCCUCCACCCGCAGCUCAGCAGCUUUGCUGGACAGAGGGCAACCAGAGUUUGUCCCGGUCCCUCCCCUGGGGCUCACCUGCUUAAGGAAACAGGAACAGCCUGGGGGCAGCAGCCCCACCCCGCUGACUGACGUGUGACCCUGAAUCGAAACCAAGGCUCCUGCAGGCUCUGAGGACAGCAAGAGGGAGAGCCUCAGCUGCCCAGGGAUCUCCCAGAAUGCCUUUGGGCCUCUCCCCGGAGGGCGUGCUCAACAUCUGUCUUCUGGCAGAAGGAAGUCAAUAUUGACCGGAAAGUAUUUGGGAGAGAGAACUAGCAGGAGGGGAAGAGGGAAAGGGAGAGAGACUCCUUAGCAGACUCCACGCUGAGUGCGGAGCCCAAUGCAGAGCUCCAUCUCAGGACCCUGAAAUCGCGCCCUGAGCCAAAACCAAGAGUCGGACGCUUAAUCGACUGCGCCAUCCAGACACCCCUCAAUAAAGUAACUGCUCCCCAGGAAGCCAUGACAGAAGUGGGAAAGCUGCCCCCACCACUGCCCCCACGACUGGACUGGUUCGUGCAGACGCAGGUGGUUCAGCUGGCCCAAGAAGGGGUCCCCGCAUGGUUCCACGGUGCCAUCUCGAGAGAGGACGCCGAGAAUUUGCUGGAGUUACAGCCACUGGGAUCCUUUCUCAUUAGAGUGAGUCACAGCCACGUGGGCUACACACUGUCCUACAAAGCCCAAAGCUGCUGCCACCACUUCAUGGUGAAGCUCUUGGAUGACGGGAGCCUCGUGAUCCCCGGAGAGGACAAGGCCCACGCCUCACUGGACGCCCUGGUCACCUUCCACCAGCAGCAGCCUAUGCGGCCACACAGGGACCUGCUGACACAGCCCUGUGGGCAGAAGGAUCCAGCGAACUUGGAUUAUGAGGAUCUCUUCCUUUACUCCAAUGCAUUGAGGGAGGAAGUUGCCAGCCCCGCCCAUGUCCCCAGGGAACAUCAGAAUCCUUCCUCCUGUCCCAGGGCUGCACCUGAGGAGACCUCAGCGAGGCUGACACUUGAUCACCCAAGGGGAAGGAAGCCAUCAGCAGAGAUGGACAGAGCUUCCACGGAGGAAGCCACUGCCUCCUGCCCCCCAAAAGCUCCUCUUGAGAAGGCUUGCCGGAAACUCUGGAGGAACCUCAAGAUGCUCCCCCAGACGGGCAAGAGGGUCCAGCAGCAGCUGACAUCCCACUUGUCUUCUACGAACUUGUCAUCGCUCUGGAGUGCUGGGCCACCAGCAGCGACACACAGCUCAGGGGCCAGGCCAGGUGACGCCCACUGGGAAGAUAAUGUCGACACAGACCGCUCUGUGGCCACGUCCCUUGCAAGCCCCUCGCAGCCCCAGGAUCUGAGAGACAGAGUUGACCCCUCCAGGAAGGUCUCAAGAUUGGCCAGCUGGAGCGAGGCGACCCCGAGGGUCAAGGGUUGGCACCAAGCAGUAGUGAGGGCCCUGUCCCCAAAAGUGUCUAAACCAGAGAAAAAGGACUUGGCAGAACCCCAGAAGGACUGGCUCCCAGAGGAGUACCGCCCACCGCCACCCUUUGCCCCUGGGUACUGUUAAAGAGCUUUGCCCUGGCUCUGGGGGCUGGACCCCUUAUUGUCUACCCACCAGUCCUCAGGAACCUGAGAAAUGUAAUAAAGACAUUGCUUGGGUCUGG